CAAAAACAGAUCGUAUUCAAGUUUUCACUGUCAUGUUAUUAACUUUAAUAUUUGGUAUUCGUGGAAUUUCGCCACAGUGAGGCCGUAUAUAUACCAAGCAAUUGAUUCGAUUAUUUUAAGCAGCUAAUCGAAUAAUAGUAGUUGUAUCAUUCUCCACGCUGACAAAAAUUCAGAGAAAUUGUAAGUCGUCGCUUUGAUAUUGGGAUAAAAAUUGCUACUCGGCAACCUGAUGAUCAAGGUCUUUGCAUAAGCGCAAUACGAAUACGAAUUUUUACGCCUUCUGCCUGACUUCAAAUACACAGCAUAAAGUGCUGCAAUUAGCAACAAAACUAUUCUUGCUGCAGGUUUCUUUUUUUUUUUGGCAACAAGUAGAAAUUUCCCCCUCUAUUGCCAUGCAGAACUCAAGAUCGAGAGGCUCAUCGUCGAAGCCACACCGUCGGCCAGCUGCAGCUGCAGAAGUUACAAGCGUCAAGAAAAGCGAAUCGAACACGAAGCUAACCACCACGGAGGCUGCCUACUAUCAAGUGGGCAACGAUGAUAACGCGUGCGUGGUCUGCUUUAAGAACGUUGAAAUCUAUUCAAUCGGAGACUGCGAUCAUCCCGUUUGCUAUGAAUGCUCCACGCGUAUGAGGGUAUUGUGCCAGCAGAACGAGUGCCCCAUCUGUCGGCAUGUGCUGUCUAAGGUUCUGUUUACACUGGAAAAGCUGCCUUAUCGCGAACUUGAAGCUGGCAAUCGUUCCGAUUUCUAUAGCAAGAAGUAUCGCAUUGGCUUCUGUACCGCCGACAUUCAGCAGAAGUUCUAUAAGCUACUUGAUCAUCCCUGUCCCAAGUGUAAUGUGCCGCCUUAUCGCACCUUCGAGGCGCUGCGCAAUCAUGUUCUACGCGAACACCACAUGUAUUUCUGCGAUCUGUGCGUAACGAAUUUGAAGAUCUUUACAUUUGAACGUCGCUGCUACACGCAAGCCGAACUGGUAACACACAACGCAAAGGGCGAUCCGGAGAAUACAUCGCAUCGUGGGCAUCCGCUAUGCGAGUACUGCAACGAGCGCUAUGUGGAUCGUGAUGAGCUCUUUCGUCAUUUGCGACGCGAUCAUUACUUUUGCCACUUUUGCGAUGCCGAUGGCUACAACGAUUUUUACAACGUCUAUUCAGACUUGGCAGAUCAUUUCCGCAAAGAGCAUUUCCUCUGUGAGGAGGGCAAAUGCGCCACGGAGGAGUUUACGGGCGCCUUUCGCAAUGAGAUUGAGUAUAAAGCGCAUGUGGCCAGUGUUCAUGGAAAAACGUUGAACAAACAGCAGGCCAAGCAGACGCGCACAUUGCAGCUGGAGAUUACGCUGGGACCACGCGGACGUCGUGGCCAAAAUGAACAAGGCAUUACGAACAUGAGAUCACGAAAUGAUGAGCAUCAAGACUAUUUGGAUGAGUUGCCCACGAGCAGCACACAGCGCAGCCAGCCCGUUACCAUUGAUGCUGGCAACGAUGAAGAGUUUCCCAUGCUGGCUGGCUUUACACCUGGUCCGAAUGUGUCUUUGGUUAGGGCGCCGCCACCGUCUAUGCGCAACUUGAGCGGCACCUCGGGCCUAGCGCGCACCAAAGAAAACUUUCCAGCUCUGGGUGGCGCUGCUGCUGGCAAUAUAUCCAAUGCCUAUAACAGUUAUGCCAGCGCCCGAGCUGCUGCCCCUCAGCCUGCAGCGGCUACCUUUAAGAAGUCCGCCAGCUCAGGCACUGCUCCUGGCGGUACUUCUGGUGGCGCUGCAGUAGCGCGUGGCAAUGCUCCUGCUAAUGGCAUGUUGCUGCAUGUCUCGAAUCGUCCUGCCGCCAACGGCAGCAAGAAAUCAACACCAGAUAUGGACUUUCCCGCAUUGCCUAUGGGCAAAGGCAAAAGGAUGAUGCGCAAUUUGGAGGAAGACAUGCUGCCCAGCAGCUCGGCCGUGCCCAUGGGCAAUUUGGCGGCCAAGCAUCGCACACUGGUCGAUGACUAUGUCUCGGUGGCGCAUCCGAGCACCCAUCAAAAACUUCAAAUGGUACAAAAGGAGGAGCAGGAGGCAAAGACGCGCAUGGAGGCGCUUAAAAAGACCGCACCCAAACUAACUGCAUUGGAAUUCCCCACGUUGGCGCCAAGCAGCACCAAAGCAACACCAUUACCUAGGGCCAAUGGCGGCGGAUCGGCAGCCUCCUUGAAUUGGAAUAAACCCAUAUCAGACAAGAAACAGAAGGAUUUAGAGAAUCGCAAGGGUAAAGUUGCGCCCGCGCCUCUAUUACCAACACAAAAGGGCAGCACAACAAGCUUAAAUAACAACAAGAACAAUGCUACAAAGCAGGAGUCGCAGCCACAGGUCAACAAGAAGGAUAAGAAAUCCAAAGAAAAGAAAAACAAUCAAGAGAAUCAGCCAAAAGUGAACAAGCAAAAAGAAAAAAACAACAACAAUACCAAUAAUAAUAAUAACAAUAAUAACAGAAACAACAACGACGACGAACAGCUGCCAACAAUUGUCAACUCCAAUGGCAACUUAUCAAGCACAUUGCGUGCACCGCCUGGUCUGAGCGCUGGCGCACCGACCGUUAAACCACCACCCGGUUUCAUGUCCAACGUCACCGUCAACUCGGUGGCCAAGCUGCCCAAUAAUUUGACAUUUACCAGCUCAUUGGGCGAGAAUUAUAGCAUUGUGCCGAGUUCCUAUAGCUAUAGCGAUCCACCAGACACGGCAAACAGGAACCAGAAUUUGGUGGAUAGCCUGCGCGAGGUACUAAAAACACCCGAGGCCUUUAACGAAUUUCGCAUGCUCUCGUCCAGUUUUCGAGAUGGUACCUGUACGGGACAAGCUUAUUAUGAGCACUGCCAAUGCGCAAUGCUGGAUAAGUUUCAUAGCCUGUUUCCGGAACUAUUAGUCAUGCUGCCCGACAUAAGCAAACAACAGGAAUUGUAUCUGGUGCAUAAACAAUACGUGAACAGCCUGACGCCCAGCCAGAGCAAGCUGAUGCCCAACCUGGAAGUGUGCAGCAGCUGCAAGCAAAUCCUUUUGUCGAACGAUUUUGCCAGCCAUCAGAAGGCGCACGAACUCACAAAGAAUUUCCCCACGCUUGGUAAUGCCGCUUCGAAUACUUCGCUUAGCGCCGGAGCCAAGAAUGCGCAACGUAAAUAAAACCAGAACAAUGUGGUUUCAACACAACAAAAAAACAAAAAAAAAAAACAACGAUUAAUUGCAAUGAAAAGCUUUACCUAUGUAUAUUUUGUAUGUAUGUAAUUAAUUAAUUUAUCGUUUUGAAGCACGCGCGUCCCCCCACACCAAUAAUGAAGAAAAGCGAAAGCAAUGACAGUGUACACAAAAAAAGAACUUGUAUGUGAACAUAUAGCUUAACUAUAUGUAUUCAAUAUGAUUAGGCCCUGUAAAAUUACGCUGUUGCAUGUAACGUUAAAAACGUGUCAUGAUUUUGCAGAACCGUCAACUAAAGCCACCUGCACAUUGUGGAAUUCGAUUUUUUUUUUUAAUUUUUAAUGAGUGAGCUUGUAUAAAAUAAAUAUCUGAAUAAAGUGCAAAACAAUCAAAUUGCAA